GGUAUCAAACGAAUCAAAGGUUGAAUAAUAUUGAAGAAACUGUUUCCAAGAUGAAAGUACGGUAUGAUGCAGAAGAGGAGCGUGAGCGUACGAGGAAGGAAGAAGAGGAGCGCAACAAAAGAAAACGAGAAGAAGAAGAAUGGAGAGCACGAGACAAGAAGGAACGGGAAGACUUUCAGAAGCAAUUAGGAGAAUCGAUGAAUACGAGAUUCGAUGUGCUGUGUGAGGCAUUAUUGGGGAAGAAGAAGGAAGGUAGCGACGAGUUUGAGAAGUUAAAAAGGCAAAUCGACAAACUGGAGAAGCUACAGUCGGGUUUUGUGCCUGUGAUGAACGAAUGUGUGUCAGUGGAUAUGACAGCUAGGCGGCUGCAUGAGCAAGAAGAGGAGCAGCGUAAGGCCUGUGAGGAGUCAGAGAGGAGGAUAGUCAUUCUAGAGGAAGAGGUAGUCCUGCUAAGAAGGCUCAAUGAGCAGAAGACGAGUGAGGCUGCGACGUGGAAGCAGGAAGCGCUGAGACCUGGCAAUAAGCGGGGAGCGGUGAUCGUGGAGGAAACGCCCAACCAGCAUGUCGUGUUCAGCCAUGUUGUACGGCACUGAAGACGCCCGGGGCUCAUGUGGUCACAAUGGCCGAGGUACACGCAAAGGAGGUUGCCGCCCUGAAGGAACUGCGCAGUAGGGAUUUG